CAGAAAUCUGGGCGGAGCGAGGGGCAGUUGGUGACAGCGAGAACAAAGCUACGGCAAGGGAGAAAAAAGAUGGCUCGAAAGGUUGCAACGAAAACAGUAGAGCGGGUUGGCAGCAUGUCUCUUUCUGAUGGAUGUAUUAUGCACAGAAACCAGGUAAUUCAAAGAGAACUUAAUUUGCAUGAGGUGAGGAAGAUGAUGAGAGUGGGGAAAAGGUUGGGUAUUGAAAUGCAAGGCAAUGAAGAAGAGGUUGAGUCUAGAAGAUUUUGGAAUUCAGAUGGCUUCGAUUGGGUUAUGAAGGAGUCAACGGCAGCAUCAGGAGGUCUGUUGUGUGUUUGGGACAAGUUGAAUUUUGUGAAGAGGGAAGUUUUUACGAGUGACGAUUUCUUGGGUGUUUCAGGGGAAUGGGGUACAAAGAAGUUGCAAUGUUAUUUUGUGAAUGUGUAUGCUCCAAAUGAUAGAAGGAAGAAGGGGGGAAGAAUAGGGGAGAAUCCAGAGAUGAGCGAUUUUAAUGCUUUUAUUGAGACAACUAGGCUAAUUGACAUUAGAUUGGCAAAUCGGUGGUUUACAUGGUAUAGAUCAGAUGGUUCUUCUAUGAGUAGGUUAGAUAGAGUAUUGAUGACUGAAGAGAUGUUUACUAUGGGAGGUGAAUGGGUGCAGCAAGGGCUGAGAAGAACCAUAUCGGAUCAUUGUGCCAUACUUACGAAGACAAAAAUCACAGACUGGGGGCCAAAACCGUUCAGGGUUUUGGAUGCUUGGCUGGAAUCAAGAAGUGUUUGGGGAUAUGGAAGCUCUUUGGGUGCAAGUGUUGCACUGGUGGGGUAUUGAGGCUGUGUUAUCAAAUACAAUAGAAGGAGUUGCAGAGUUCUUUCUACAUGGUUUGGGUAAGAUUAUAGGGAAGGAAAUGGGAGCAUGUAUUUUCCUUGCUGUUUCUUGGUAUCUCUGGUACUGUAGGAAUAUGGGAGUUUUUAAGCAUCUUGUGAGUUUUAGGGAAAGGGUGGUGGAUAUGAUGCAAGCCAAGAUCUUUUUCUGGAUUAAAACUAAGAUGCAAAGGUGUGUUUUUUCCUUUUCUAAGUGGUAGAAUAAUCCAAUACAGGUUGC